GAAACAUAUAAUUAUCCUAUAACGUGUGUUAUCUACUUAUCUAAACGAAAAUAUUGAUUAUACACAUUUAUCAACAAUUUGAUGUAAAUAAUAAUAAUCAUCAACGGAAAAAAUUGUAAUGAAGUGUGAUAUUUGUAAAACUAACGAAACCAAAUAUAAAUGUCCUAAAUGCAGAAGUAUAAAAUAUUGUUCAGUUGCGUGUUACAAAAAUCAUUCAUUAGAUAAUUGUACAUCAGACAGCCAAAAUGCAUCAGUUGAAAUGGUACAGAAUACACAGUUGUAUCCAACUGAAGAUACUAUCCCUCCAGAAAAAUUGAAUUUACUUUGUUAUGACACACAUUUAAAAGAAUUAGUUUCUAAUUCUUAUUUACAAAAAAUAAUGGAAAAAAUAGACAACAGUACUAAUCCUAAUGAAGAAUUAGAAAAAGCUAUGAUUGAACCUAUGUUUGAAGAAUUUGCUAGACGGUGUAUAGAUAUUGUAAGGAGUGAGAAUUCAAAUUAAGGAUUAAAAUCAAAAGGCUGAAUUCUAAUGUUUUAUAUAUAAAAUUUAUUUGAUCGAUUUUCAAUUUUAUGUU